UGAUCGACAAGAAAUCGAUCUCUUGAUUACAUUGCUCAAAGCCAGUGCUAUCUCCAAGGAAAGAUCAACUUUAGCAGUUUGUAAGAACUGAAAUCAUACGAUAAUUCCAUCAUGACGAACUCAGGAAAACUGCCUUAUAAAGUUGCUGAUAUCAGUCUUGCUGAUUGGGGUCGCAAGGAGAUUGAACUGGCUGAAAAUGAAAUGCCAGGUCUUAUGGCMUUGCGMAAGGAGUUUGGAGACUCCAAGCCAUUGAARGGUGCCAAGAUUGCUGGUUGUCUCCACAUGACAAUCCAGACAGCUGUCUUGAUUGAGACAUUGACYGCCCUUGGUGCUGAGGUACAAUGGUCAUCUUGCAACAUCUUCUCUACCCAAGACCACGCUGCAGCUGCUAUUGCCAAGACUGGAGUCCCUGUGUAUGCUUGGAAGGGAGAGACUGACGAAGAGUACAUCUGGUGUAUCGAUCAAACACUAGUUUUCCCUGAUGGACAGCCCUUGAACAUGAUCUUGGAUGAUGGCGGUGAUCUCACCAACCUCGUUCAUGAGAAAUAUGCUCAAUUCUUACCAGGCAUUAGAGGAUUGUCAGAGGAGACCACRACUGGUGUCCACAACCUUUACAAAAUGAARGAGAAGGGUGAACUCAAAGUCCCAGCCAUCAAUGUCAACGACUCUGUUACAAAGAGCAAGUUUGAUAAUCUGUACGGCAUCCGUGAAUCCCUUGUUGAUGGUCUGAAGAGAGCAACAGACAUCAUGUUGGCAGGAAAAGUAGUUGUAGUGGCUGGUUAUGGUGAUGUUGGCAAAGGCUCUGUCCACUCACUUAAAGGCUUUGGUGCUAGAGUUAUUGUUACAGAGAUUGAUCCCAUUAAUGCUCUACAAGCAGCCAUGGAAGGAUUUGAGGUCUUAACCAUGGAGGAAGCUUGUUCAAAAGCAAAUAUUUUUGUAACUGCAACAGGAUGCAGUGGAAUUAUCACCAAAGAGCACUUCUUGAAAAUGAAAAAUGAUGCCAUUGUUUGCAACGUUGGACAUUUUGACUGUGAAAUUGAUGUUGCUUGGCUAAACGAAAAUUGCAAAAAAGAUGUUAUCAAACCUCAGGUUGAUAGAUACACUCUUCCUUCUGGAAACCAUGUCAUCCUUUUGGCUGAAGGUCGUCUAGUUAACCUUGGAUGUGCAAUGGGUCAUCCUAGCUUUGUUAUGAGUAAUUCUUUCACCAAUCAAGUCCUUGCACAAAUUGAGCUUUGGAGCAAGAGUAAAAAUUAUGAAAUUGGAGUUUAUAUGCUUCCAAAAACGCUUGAUGAGAAAGUUGCUUCUCUUCAUCUUGAUCAUCUUGGAGUCAAAAUGACAAAGCUCACCUCAAAGCAAGCAAAUUACCUUGGUUUACCAGCUGAAGGCCCAUUCAAACCAGAAUACUACAGAUACUAGGCAUAGAACUCACAAUGCUGUGUAACGGACAUAUACAUUGAACUUUGACAUGUACUGAUAGCAAGUCUGGUGUUGCCAGAGCUGAUUUAGGGAUUUACAUGUAUGUGAUGCGUGGAAAGUGUUUUAACAGGGGAAAUUAAAAGAUGUUGCAUUGUAAUAAAAAAUAACAAACCAUCUUCUUA